GCCCAGUCCACCACGGCCUUCCCCAACCAGUGCACGUCUGUUUAUAAUUUAUUAAUUUUUAUAUAAUUAUAUAACAGUGAAAGUUAUACGAUUGUUUAAAGUGAUAGGUAUGCAGUGUGUCUUAAAUUUCGAAACUAAUAAAAGUACCCUAUUAUUAUUCGAAUUAUCUUCGAGGAAGUUCACGAGAAAAAAAUAAGAUACCACAUUCAACUAGACAUUACGAGUAAGAAAAGCCAUAGAAAAUGAAGGCAAUAAUUAUAUAUCUGACGCUGGUAGCUUCCUCACUGGCAUAUAAUGCUAGCUACUGUUGCCCCGAAAAACAUGUAAUUUGGGUUGAUAACAACAACUUGAACCAUUGCUUAGACAAUACCACCAACGCCACUAUGAAGAUUACUCUGAACUGUUUGGAUAACUUGACAUUUACAGUUUCAAAUGAGUUCUUGCCGUUUAAGUUAAAUCCUGAUGGAAGCUUGGGGCUUCUAAUGGGAGAUAUGUCGGAAGUCACAUCAGUUGCCGUUGGCGACUUCUGCGUCGGGCGUCAGACUACAGCCGGGGAAGCGUCUGAGGUGGCGAUCAUAUGCCAGAGUGAGAUAGAGGAUGAAAUAGUGAGCGACGAGUUGCUGGGCUACUGUAUGGCGUUGUCUAGUGUCUUCCUCGCACUUACGGCCCUCGUGUAUGCGGCGUUUCCAGAGCUCAGAGAUCUACAAGGGAAAAGUAUCACAUGUUUAUGCAGCACGCAAGCUAUUUCUAAUGUAUUAUUUUGUAUAAUGAAGGUUAUGAUGUAUUCACACAUGACUUGGUGCGCCAUUAGAGGUUUCCUGGCUUACUACUUCAACAUUUCAACAUUCUUCUGGAUGAACGCCAUAGCUAUACAGAUUCUUAUCAAUAUGAAGUAUUCAUUGAAUAAUGAUAGUUUGAGAAAGUUUUUGUUAUACGCCCUGUAUGCGUGGGGUGCGCCUGCCGUCCUCACAUCUAUAGUGAUAAUAGUGAACUAUGUCCCCGGGAGCCACAUGCGGCCUGGGAUAGGCUACAACCAGUGUUGGUUCCUUGACAUCAAACGCACGUGGAUAUAUAUGUACAGCGUGCUCACGAUUUUAAUGUCGGCAAACGUCGCGAUCUUCGUGUAUGCUUCCGUCUUCUUGUGGAAGCAGACCUUUGCGUCCUCCCACCUGCAGGCACUCAGACAUAAGUCGUGGAUGAUGUUUCGACUGUUUAUAAUAAUGGGAUUGCCGUGGAUAUUCGAAAUGGUCACCUCACUGACACCGGCUCACGGGUUUUGGGUGGUCCUCGACAUCAUAAACUGCCUCCAAGGCCUCAUAGUAUUCCUAAUACUAGUGGUCUUCCGUCGGCGAGUGAUCAAAGCACUAUACAACAGGAACGCGCUACUCUGCUUGACUAGUUUGGCCGAGAACUACUUAAAAGGGUCUGAUGAUGAGGAGGAUAUUGUCACACCCACUGCGGGUGUGCCUAUGGAGGAAACUGGUGCUACUUAGAAUGUUGCCUGAAGUGCUAUCUACUGACUUGAGUGGCACAGAUGUGGUUAAACAUAAACUCUUGAAUGGUCGGCAUAAGAACAAAUAGCGGAACCUGGAUGCAUUUCAGAGCAUUUCUUUUUUUUGCCAUUUUUUGUACUUUGAUUGUUUUAGGGAAUUUUAGGUCAAUUGUACUCAGAAUCACGAGUACUUUCAAUCUCACUGGGAGACAAAAAGUGUCCCAGAAUUUCC